UGCCCUCAUAUAAACGCCUUCUCUCUCUUCCUCUGUCUCUGUCUCUCUCCAAACUCUGUUGAUCAAAAACCAACGGCAUCCCCCGUACACAACCUGCUCCGGCCACUGGCUAAAUUAAUGAUCCCGGGGCAGGAAUAAUGCCAUAUACCUGUUAAAAGAACAGAUGUAUGCGUGAAAUUGGCUUUGACAGUCUGAUACUCAGAAAUGGAUUUUAAAUUUAACAGUAUCGGCUGGGUGGGGGGCAUUUACCAGAAGUUUGAAACGUUGUGCCAUGAGGUGGAUAAUAUUGUGAACCAGGACACUGUCAAAUAUGUUGAAAACCAGGCACAAAGUGUGGGUAAAAGCGUGAAGAGAUUUUAUUCUGAUGUCAUACAUGAAAUACUGCCUCCUUUAAAACAUGAAGGUCUAGGAGUUGCUUUAAAAAGAAGUGCCACAAUUGAUACCUAUGUUAAACCAAAGGCUGCUAUUGAGGAAGAUCACAUAGACACUGUUGGUAAGCUAUCACAUGUCGAGCCUGUUGCAGUUGAUCCCAUUGAAAAACAGCUUGAUCAUGCUUCUAAUGAACUUUGCCUUUCAAAUCUACUUAGUACUCCAACUUCUGGUGAUGCCCUUAAUGGAGCAAAGUCAGACAUAAUGUCAGGACAAGUCAAUGAUGUUUUGAAAAAUACAAGCUCUGAUGUAAACAUAGAAGAAAAUACCAUAAUGGAAAAAACAUCUGGGUCUGAUGUACUAGAGUUGAUCUCUCCUAGCGAGGAAGAAUCCUUUGGAGAUUCAUUGGCAAAUGAAUUCAUUGAUUGUAAUAAUAAAAAUUCAUGCAGGUUUGUAGGUGAAGUUUCUCUUACGAAGUCAUUUCAUGACAUGGAGUUUCAAUCCCCUGAAAAGGAGGGAACAGUUAAUAACAUUGCAGUUGAUGAGGUCAAAAAACAGCUUGAUUGUGCUUUUGGUGAGCUUUGCCUUGUAGACCAACCAAAUAACUCUAAUUCUGUGGAUUCCCUUUUGGGGAAAGAACACUUAACUUCAGAACAAGUUGCUGAUGUUUUGAAAGAUACAAAACCUGAAGUGAACAUAGAGGAAAAUGCCACAAUGGAAAAGCCUUCAGCAUCUGAGGUGUCAGAGUUUAUCUCUCCUGUUGUGAAGGAAUCCUGUGGAUCUUCAUUGUUGAAUGAGUUCAUUGAUUAUAAUGAUAAAGAAAGGUUUUGGGUUGAAGCGGAGGUUUCUCCAGUAACUUCAGUUCAUGAUGUGAGAAGGCCAUCUGCAUCAGAUGUUUCAGACUUGAUCUCUCCUUGUGAGGAAGAAUCCUUCAGAGCUUCAUUGGUCCCUGAGUUUGUUGAUUGUAAUGAUAAAAGUCCACGUGUGGUUUGCACUGAUGUUUCUCCUGCAACUUUAGUUCAUGGCAACCAAAAUUCAGAAACAGUUAAGAAUGACUUUACAGAUGAUUCUGAGUGUGUCCCAGACGCCUCAGGUGGUAUUACUUCGUCAAAAAUGACUUCUUCAGUCAUAUGUUGUGAGGAAAAUAUGGCAGAGAUUGGAGUUGAUUCUUCUUGUGGUUCAAUAUUUAACGAAUUUUAUUUGCCUGAGAAUUCAUCUGCAAAAGCAUUUCUUUAUCAUGACUCUGUUCAUGUGGCUGAGUUGGUUUCUCACAAUGUGCAUUCAUCUUCCAUGUUGACCCCACUUCUAUCCAAUGAGAAGAAGUUGACGGGGGCAGUAUCUAUGUCAUCUAACAGUGACUUAUCAUUGGAAUUACUUGAAAAUGAUGCCUCCAGAACUGUUAAUGGCACAGAGUCUCUGACUGCAAUAUCAGGAAUAAAAAAUGUUUACUUUGGUGGUGAAUCUGCUCAACUUCAGGCUUUAUCCUCUUCUGAUAUUGGACCUAUAGAUGAUUCCACCGAUGAUAUCUGUGUUUCUUCCAUGGAGACCAUUGAAUUGUGUGAUGAGGUGAAGCUUGAAGAUAGCUGUGUCAUUGUUGAUAGUACUGCACUUUAUGCUGUCUCUCGUAUAAUGAGAAAACACAGAUCAUACAAGAAAAGGGUCCAGGAUGCUUUAACUUCAAAAAAGAGGCUGACAAAGGAGUAUGAGCAGCUAGCUAUUUGGUUUGGAGAUGCAGAUAUGGGGUCAAACCAGGAUCAUUUACAAACUCUACGGCCAUCUUCCUCUACCACAACCUUGGAGUGCAAAAAUCUGCAAACAGAACUUGUAUGUGAUUCUGAGUGGGAACUCCUCUAAGUAAAUAAAGAAACUAGGUUGGAUGGCUUCUGACCGGAUUCAUUCUCAAGCCUUUUGCUUGUGCCAUAAGAAUGAGUUGCACUGUAAAUAAUCAUGUUCAAAGUUCCACCUUCUGUAAAGGUAUUUCCAAUAAAAGCACGGUUAAUCAAUCUGUCUUGUAAAUCAAAUAGUCUGCCAUAAGUGGCACAACAUUUCAACUUUCAAUGGUAUAUUUAUCUAGUUCUAUCUAUUUUUCUUA